CCAUGUAAGAAAAUCAAGCAAGCAGACAAAACGCAGACUCGUGGAACAUUCACCUCCACCACAGACUUCACCUCAGAAAACCCAACAUCGAGUUCCAACCUCUAGCUCCAGUUCACAUGCUAUUAGGCCACAAACAUAAGCUUCCAUCUCCCUAGAAACUCUCACCAACUCCCAGAAUCCGCUGAUCAAACAGUAGUACCACAUGGCUUCCUUACCUUUCUCCUGUUCAUCCGUACCGGGUUUGAAAAUCCAUCCAAACCCUACAACAAUGGCUUCCUUUGUCACUUCAAUCAAGUCCUCACUUGGGCCUUCCAAAUCUGCUUUUUUGCAACGUGGGUUUUCUUUACAGUCUCCAAAUCUUCCUGGGUUUGCCUCUAAAGCCCGGUCCUUUGGUGUUUUUGCUAGAGCUGCUACAGAGAAAUCUGUUCAUGACUUCACUGUUAAGGAUAUUGAUGGGAAGGUUGUUGCUCUUAGCAAAUUUAAGGGGAAAGCUCUCUUGAUUGUUAAUGUCGCUUCGAAAUGUGGUUUGACAUCAUCAAAUUAUUCGGAACUCACACACAUAUACGAGAAGUACAAAACUCAAGGCUUUGAAAUUCUGGCUUUUCCUUGCAAUCAGUUUGGUGGGCAAGAACCCGGAUCAAACCCUGAGAUUAAACAAUUUGCUUGUACCAGGUACAAAGCAGAAUUUCCAAUAUUUGAUAAGGUUGAUGUGAAUGGACCAAGUACAGCUCCAGUCUAUCAGUUUCUGAAAUCAAGUGCUGGAGGAUUUUUAGGUGAUUUGAUCAAGUGGAACUUUGAGAAGUUCUUGGUGGACAAGAAUGGCAAGGUUGUGGAGAGAUAUCAACCAACAACGUCACCUUUCCAAAUCGAGAAGGACAUUCAGAAGCUCCUCGCGGCAUGAAUGAUCGCUGGCAGCAGUGACAUGUAUGAGAUGUAUCAUCAGUACUGAUAGAAGAAACACAAAUCAAUACAUGUAAAUUUGUGCUCCAGUCAUAACAGUUUGUUUAUAUACAAAUGUUUUCUGUAAUAGGAAUCUAAUAUAAUAGUGUUUCACUUGCCAGAAAUUUUUGAAGUUUCUUUUGUUCGUUU